AAUCCGCUUUUUGUUAAAUAUAAAAGACGAAAGGAAAAAAAAAAAAAGGAAAGAGAGAAGAGAGUCUGGAAGGUAGAGGUUGCCUCGUAUAACGAAAACGAAAAGAGAUUCUCGACCGAAUAUUUAUUAUUAGAAACGCAGAUUGAAACACUAACCCAACCCAGAAUGAGAUCUACGUAAAUUCCUUCCAAUCCCUUUCUUUUUCUUCGUUUAUCUUCUCAAGAAUUUGUGAACUCUGCAGCUUUAAAUACAGAUCAACAAACAUCAGGCUGUAGAGGAGAAUGGCAGACACCAUAGCCAGCUUUUGGGGUCCGGUUACAUCAACUACAGAGUGUUGUGAAAAUAAUUAUGCUCAUUCAUCAUAUAUAGCAGAGUUUUUUAACACAAUAUCCAACAUUCCAUGCAUUCUUUUGGCUCUCCUUGGUCUUAUAAAUGCUUUACGACAGCGGUUUGAGAAAAGAUUUAGUGUUCUUCAUCUAUCGAAUAUGGCACUUGCCAUUGGAAGCAUGUUGUACCAUGCCACACUGCAACAUGUGCAACAACAGAGUGAUGAAACUCCCAUGGUAUGGGAGAUGCUGCUGUACUUGUACAUCCUGUACUCUCCAGAUUGGCAUUACCGUACUACGAUGCCCAUCUUCCUAUUUUUGUAUGGUGUUGUUUUUGCAGUUUUCCAUUCUUUCUUCCGUUUCGGCAUCGGCUUCAAAGCGCAUUAUGUCAUUCUCUGUCUCCUCUGCAUUCCAAGAACAUACAAAUAUUACAUUUAUACUGAAGAUUUGUCUGCAAAGAGGAUUGCAAAGCUAUAUGUAGCCACCCUUGUAUUAGGAUCUUUAUGUUGGUUAGGUGAUCGGUUUUUCUGCAAGGAGAUAUCCACUUGGCCAAUUAAUCCACAGGGUCAUGCUUUGUGGCACUUCUUCAUGGGUUUCAAUUCCUACUUUGCUAACACAUUCUUGAUGUUCUGCCGGGCUCAACAGCGUGGUUGGAAACCGAAGAUUGUUUGUUUAAUGGGUGUUUUACCAUAUGUGAAGAUUGAGAAACUGAAAAGGAAGUAACACAGAAAAAUCAUAGAAGAUGAUAGUUUGUCAUGAUACAUUUUGGUAAAGAGAAAUUGUUAGCAAGUCAUGUCAUGUUUUCAGUUUUUUGGUUUUUGGGUUUAGAUUGGCUUAAAUGACUACUGAUUAUUUACAUAUUUUGUUGUAGAGGUAGGACAUGUACCAUAUUUAUCACUUAUAUGGGUGCCAUUUGGAGCCUGGGCAUUCCUUAGCUCAAAAGUUAUGACUACCAAAAAGUUUUGCUCUACUGAUCGUUUUUUUUUUUCUGGAUUUUCAGUUGGAAAAAUCACCCAACAUUUAAUUGUAAUGUCUUGUGUAAACCCUUUCUAGGUUAGUUUGAGUAUAUUCAAAACGUGUUCCUCUUUAGAUGUUCAGUUUCAUUUUUCUUUCAUUGAGAAAUAUUCCUUGUGUGUUAACAUUUGUUGACGUUCAUGGAUCCCUACCUUUUGGUUAGAGCAGAUCAGCAGAGCUAUAUUAUGAUUA